UGUUUCCGGUUUGAUAGUUAGACGCACAACAACUCAGCGCGCUACGAUCGACUUCCUUUCCAUGCCGUGCUCGCCAAAAUGCAGAAGGUAACAAAGCAGAAGGAACCAAACCAUUCGGUGCAAGUCUUCGGACGCAAGAAAAGCGCCACAGCAGUUGCGUACUGCAAACGUGGACGAGGAAUUCUGCGAGUGAAUGGACGUCCGUUGGAGCUGGUAGAACCCAGGGUGCUCCAGUAUAAAUUGCAGGAACCAAUCCUGCUCCUUGGAAAGGAAAAGUUCUCUGGUGUUGACAUCCGAGUACGAGUCAAUGGAGGUGGACAUGUAGCCCAAAUCUAUGCGAUACGACAAGCCAUUUCUAAAGCCCUUGUUGCAUAUUAUCAAAAGUACGUAGAUGAAGCGAGCAAGAAGGAAGUGAAAGACAUACUUAUCCAAUACGAUCGUACACUUCUCGUCGCGGACCCAAGACGUUGCGAGCCGAAAAAAUUCGGUGGUCCAGGUGCGAGAGCACGAUACCAGAAAUCUUAUCGUUAAUCUUGGACAACUCUUCUUAUGCUCUAUUCACAUAAUUGAAUAAAAAAACAAAAAAUAUCUAUAAAAA